AUGAUUUUAGAAGAAGUGGAGGACGUUUACAAACGCAAUUACAACUCGAUCAAAGUGCUCAUUAGAGUAUCCUUUGGAUUGGGUGUGAAUUUGACUGCGCCCACUAGAUUUAAAGAUUCGUUGAGAAUUUUCAAUGUAAUCUUGGUAACGACCAGCAUUCUCUCCUUAUAUGCCCACUGGUGUUAUCUAAUACGACAUUUUGAUAAUAUACCGCUCCUGGCUGAGACCGUUUGCACUGCCUUGCAAACACUCAUUUCCGCCGUAAAAAUGGUGUACUUUCUCUUCACCCAACGAACAUUUUACCGGCUGAUUGAUCAAGCGCUGACACAUGAAGUGAUACGCAAAAUAGAGAUAUUUAAAUAUGCCUUUCCAGCACUCUAUCCAUUUUGGGAAGCUAAGGGCAUGACAUUUCCCUACUAUCAUCUGCAAAUGUAUAUGACGGGCAGUGCUGUAUAUAUAGCCGGAAUUUGUGCUGUCAGCUUCGAUGGCGUAUUCAUAGUUCUAUGUCAGCAUGCUGUUGGUUUGGUAAAGGUUCACAAUUUGUUGGUACUAAGAGCAACAUCACCCCUUAUACCCCCUGAGCGGAGAGUUGAUUAUUUGAGAUAUGUGAUUUUCACUUACCAACGAGUGCGUGUGUAUGUGCAGCAAGUUCAAACUAUUUAUAAGCACGUCAGCUUGUCGCAAUUCGUGCUCAGCUUGAUAGUAUUUGGUUUUGUGCUAUUCGAAAUGAGUUUCGGUUUAGAAUCAAGCAUAACCAUUUUCAUACGUAUGAUAAUGUAUAUUUCCGCAGGUGGAACCCAGAUUAUAAUUUACUGUUAUAAUGGUCAACAGUUGACUAGUGUGAGCGAAGAAAUGCCUUUGGCGUUCUACAGCUGUGGAUGGUAUGAAGAGAGCAAGAAAUUCAAGCAACUUUUGCGUAUGAUGAUAAUGCGCACUAAUCGCCAUUUUUAUCUAGAAGUCUCAUGGUUUACUUUAAUGAACCUGGCCACCUUAAUUGCUUUAUUCAGAAUGAGCGGCUCAUAUUUUUUGUUGUUGCGCAAUCUGCAGGAAUCUUAA